AUGGCCGCAUUACUAGGAGUGCGGAUCGCCAAACGGUACGUCUCCCUUCAGCGAAAGAGAACACCGAACCUCCAGGAUUGGCUAUGGACGGACUCAGACAACGUGCUGUACUGGUUACGAUCCGAGGCCACUCUCUACGCUCCCUUCAUAAGUACUAGGAAGGAACAAAUCCUGGCCGCCUCAUCCGCUACAAGGUGGCGCCACGUUCCUAGUGAGCUAAACCCAGCCGAUGACUACAGUCGGGGAAUCAACGCAGGAGAGUUAUCAGCAGAUCACAGGAGCUUGGCGGGACCCGCAUUUUUGUGUAAAGAGGAAAAGGAUUGGCCCCAAAGACGAGGAGGAGGAGCCGUGAAAGAGGAUUUGUUAGAGAUUAUCCGACCAGUUGCUGUGUGUGAGGAAAUCGAUAAAGCGAUCCUCGUCAAAGAAAUGCUUACGGGACCGGCAGUGAAUACGAUCACAGCCGAAGAAACAGGAGAGCUAAAACCAAACUCAAUCAGUGAACUCAUCAAUUCUGCAACCUCAUUGACGAUGCUUAAGCGCGUUGUGGCCGAAGAAAUCAACCCUGGCAAACAGUUGACAGCCGGGGAUUUACGAGCGGGUUUAGAACAAUGCGUUAAAAUAGUUCAAAGUGCAUCAUUCGCCAGUGAAGUGAAACAUUUGUCGAAGGACCGACCAGUGCCGCGCGAGUCGAAGCUACGCAAACUUUCCCCCUUUUUAGAUCCUAAAGGUUUGUUGCGAGUGGGUGGUCGGUUGAACCAUGCCUUUAUGACUGAGGACGCCAAGCACCCCCUUAUUUUGCCCCACAAUCAUAAGCUAACGAAACUGGUCGUAUCUGAUGCGCACGAAGCCCACUUUCACGCGCAAACCGAACGGACGCUGUACGAGUUGAGAGCAUCGUUCUGGGUCAUCAAAGGUAGAAGAACGGUGCGUGGGGUGGUCGGUUCUUGUCUAGAGUGUCGGAAAAGACACGCGAAGCCAAUGGCUCCCGAGAUGGCGCCCCUUCCCGCCUGUCGUGUAACUCCCUUCCUGCCACCAUUCAGCCAAAUUGGAGUGGAUUAUUUUGGCCCGUUAAACGUUACGAUUGGACGAGGUACCCAAAAGAGAUACGGAGUCUUGUAUACUUGCCUAGCCACAAGAGCACUCAACAUUGAAAUAGCAGAUUCGCUGGACCGUGACUCAUGCAUGAUGGCCUGGCGACGUCACAUCUCUCUUAGAGGAAGCCCCAAAGAUGUGUGGAGUGACAACGGAACGAACCUCGCCGCGUGCGAGAAAGAGUUAAAGGAAGGAUUGGAGCGACUCGCCGAAGACGGAAAAUGGAUUGGAGAUAUGGCGGACCGCGGGGUAAAUUGGUACUUCUCUCCCCCGUCGGCCCCGCAUUUUGGAGGAUCGUGGGAGAGCAUGGUGAAGUCUGCAAAGGCCGCAUUAAAAGUAGUUUUGGGUUGUACCACGGUGAAGGAAGAGGUGCUGCGAACCAUAAUGGCCGAAGUAGUGGCCAUUCUUAAUGCCCGUCCUUUGACUCAUCUAAGCGUAGAUCCCGAGGACGAAAGUCCCCUCACGCCCAACCACUUCCUUUUAGGCCGCGCACACCCACACAUCCCGCCCGACCUGUUCGACGAAACGGGAGUGUUGUCGCACCGACGAUGGCGACAGGCGCAGGAGUUGAUCGAGAGGUUCUGGCGCCGGUGGAUGAUAGAAUAUGUACCUGCCUUGACGGAGAGAAACAAGUGGACACGCAAGAACAGAAACGUUCAAGUAGGAGAUUUAGUCUUGAUCGUGGACCAGAACGCGCCGCGGGGGACAUGGCUGACCGGAACGGUUAGUCGCCUUCUCACCGCCAAGACGACAUUGCCGAAAGAGGAGCAGGUGGUACGGACCGUGUGGGUGAAGACGGCUACAGGCGAGUACCGACGGCCUGUCGUCAAGUUAUGCCUGUUGCGACGUGCGGAGGACUCCUCUUGCUGA